AUGUCAGUCACCUUGAAGAGCAUUAAAAAACUUGGGACGGAAAACACAUCUUUUGAGUCAGAUGAAGCAGAUAAUUUAAAGAGUAAAGAAGACAAAUAUGACAAUGGCACAUCGAAGAAGAAAAAGCCUAACAAACAUGCAGCAGCUGACAGCAUACGUGUUGGUUUCUUUCAGCUGUUCCGCUUCGCUUCUGGCUCUGAGAACUGCAUGAUGGUAUUCGGUAGUAUCGCUGCAGUGAUCCAUGGGGCAGCUCAGCCGUGCAUGUUAUUGGUCUUCGGUGUGAUGAUCGACACAUUUAUAUUGUACGAUAUUGAGUUGCAAGAACUGCGAGACCCGAACAAGACUUGUAUAAACAACACUAUCAGAUGGAUUAAUGGAUCCCUUUUUGGGGAAUAUGAAAAUAAGACAACAAGCUGCGGCAUGCUGGAUAUUGAAAAAGAAAUGACAAGAUUUGCAGGCUACUAUGCAGGGAUUGGAUGCUCAGUCCUAUUCCUGGGAUAUGUACAAAUAUGCAGCUGGGUCACUGUUGCAGCCCGACAGGUCCAGAGAAUAAGGAAGCUCUAUUUCCGUAAAGUGAUGAGGAUGGAGAUUGGCUGGUUUGACUGCACAUCCGUUGGGGAGCUGAACACCAGAAUGUCUGAUGAUAUAAAUAAAAUUAAUGAUGCCAUUGCUGACCAAGUUGGGAUAUUUAUCCAGAGAUUCACCACAUUUCUGUGCGGCUUCUUAUUAGGAUUUGUCAAUGGCUGGAAAUUGACUUUGGUUAUCAUCGCUGUAAGCCCACUGAUUGGAGUAGGAGCUGCACUUAUGGCACUGGCUGUUGCAAAGCUGACAGGUAGAGAAUUGAUGGCGUAUGCUAAAGCUGGGGCCGUUGCUGAUGAAGUUCUGUCCGGUAUUAGAACUAUUGCAGCAUUUGGUGGCGAGUUAAAAGAAGUUGAGAGGUAUGAUAGAAACCUUGUCUAUGCUCAGCGAUGGGGAAUAAGGAAAGGCAUUAUUAUGGGAUUCUUCACUGGAUACAUGUGGUUUAUAAUAUUCCUCUGCUAUGCUUUGGCAUUUUGGUAUGGAUCCCAGCUAGUCCUUGAUGAAGAAGAGUAUACACCUGGAAACCUGUUACAGGUAUUUUUUGGUGUCCUGGUGGGUGCUUUGAACCUGGGACAAGCGUCUCCCUGCUUACAGGCCUUCGCCUCAGGACGUGGAGCUGCAACAAACAUUUUCGAGACCAUCGACAAUGAGCCAAAAAUUGACUGCAUGUCCGAAGAGGGCUAUAAACUGGAUAAAGUCAAGGGAGAAAUUGAAUUCCAUAAUAUUACCUUCCACUACCCUUCCAGACCAGAGGUCAAGAUUUUAAACAAAUUAAACAUGAUUGUUAAAUCUGGAGAAACAACAGCCUUUGUAGGACCUAGUGGAGCUGGAAAAAGUACAACAGUUCAGCUUAUGCAACGCUUCUAUGACCCUGAUGAAGGCAUGGUCACUCUGGAUGGGCAUGACAUACGCUCUCUGAAUAUCCAGUGGCUGCGCUCUCUGAUUGGUAUUGUAGAACAAGAACCUGUUUUAUUUGCGACAACUAUUGCAGAAAACAUCCGCUAUGGUAAAGACAGUGCAACCAUGGAAGAUAUCAUCAAAGCAGCCAAGGAAGCAAACGCCUACAACUUCAUCAUGGAUCUACCUCAGCAAUUUGACACCCUUGUCGGGGAAGGCGGUGGGCAGAUGAGUGGAGGACAAAAGCAGAGAAUUGCCAUUGCUCGAGCCCUGGUCAGAAAUCCGAGAAUCCUCCUUCUUGACAUGGCCACAUCAGCUUUGGAUAAUGAGAGUGAAGCUACUGUCCAAGAAGCUCUUGAUAAGGUUCAUUCUGGUCGCACCACCAUUUCUAUUGCUCAUCGUUUGUCCACAAUCAAAAAUGCAGACAUAAUUAUUGGCUUUGAACAUGGCCGAGCUGUGGAAAGAGGAACACAUGAUGAACUGCUUGAGAGAAAAGGAGUUUAUUUUACUUUGGUGACAUUACAAAGUCAAGGAGAUAAAGCUCUGACUGAGAUGGAGAAUAAAGAGAACAAAGAAUUUGAAGAGCCUAAACUGGAGAACCUUCAACCUUUAAAAAGAGGCAGCUAUCAAGCCAGUUUACGUGCAUCUAUUCGCCAGCGCUCAAGAUCUCAGCUAUCCAAUUUGGUCCCUGACACUCCAUUUUUGACAGUAGCUGAUACAUCUGAAGCUUUUCAGCAGUAUGAGGACUCAGCCACAAGUAAAAAGGAAGCAAUUCCAAUUGAUGAAGAUGAAAAUGUAGAGCCAGCUCCAGUGGCCAGGAUAUUGAAGUACAAUGCUCCUGAAUGGCCCUACAUGUUAUUUGGUUCCUUCGGAGCUGCUGUGAAUGGUGCUGUAAAUCCUCUCUAUGCUCUCCUUUUCAGUCAGAUUCUUGGGACAUUUUCUCUACAAGAUGAAAAAGAACAAAGGGAUCAAAUUAACGGCAUUUGUUUACUGUUCGUUCUUAUUGGUGUCAUAUCUUUACUGACACAGUUUUUACAGGGUUACACAUUUGCCAAGUCAGGAGAAUUGCUCACCAGAAGGUUGCGUAAGAUUGGAUUCAAAGCUAUGCUUGGCCAAGAAGUUGGAUGGUUUGAUGACCCUCGAAAUAGUCCUGGAGCUCUUACAACAAGGCUGGCAACAGAUGCAUCACAAGUACAAGGGGCUACCGGAUCACAGAUUGGCAUGAUUGUAAACUCUCUCACCAACAUCGGAGUGGCUAUCAUCAUCGCCUUCUACUUCAGCUGGAAAUUGAGCUUGGUCAUCAUGUGUUUUUUGCCCUUCCUGGCUUUAUCAGGGGCCCUCCAGGCUAGAAUGCUUACUGGAUUUGCCAAUCAGGACAAACAUGCUAUGGAAUCAGCAGGCAGGAUUUCCAGUGAAUCACUUGGGAACAUCAGGACCAUUGCUGGAAUUGCAAAAGAAAAACAAUUUAUUGAAAUGUACGAGGAACAGUUGGAAGCCCCCUACAGAGCGGCAAUCAAAAAAGCCAAUGUUUAUGGUCUGUGCUUUGGAUUUGCUCAGUGUAUCGUUUUCAUUGCCAAUUCAGUAUCUUACCGAUAUGGAGGAUAUCUUGUGGAAGCAGAAAAUCUCCAUUACAGCUUUGUGUUCAGGGUGAUAUCUUCAAUUGUGACCAGUGGAACUGCCUUAGGAAGGGCAUCUUCUUAUACUCCAGAUUACGCCAAGGCCAAAAUAUCCGCUGCACGAUUUUUUAAACUGGUGGAUCGCAUUCCAAAGAUUUCUGUACAUGGUGACGUUGGAGAAAAAUGGAACAAUUUUAAAGGAGGCAUUGAGUUUAUUGACUGCAAGUUUACGUAUCCCACCCGUCCUGAUAUCCAAGUACUCAACGGCCUCAAUGUUUCAGUCAAACCUGGACAAACGCUGGCCUUUGUGGGCAGCAGUGGUUGUGGCAAGAGUACCAGCGUUCAACUUCUCGAAAGAUUUUAUGACCCUGACCAUGGCAAAGUGCUAAUAGAUGGCCAUACCAGUAAGAACAUCAAUGUUGCAUUCCUCCGCUCUAAAAUUGGCAUAGUGUCUCAGGAACCAGUGCUGUUUGACUGCAGUAUUGCGGAAAACAUCAAGUAUGGAGAUAAUUCCAAGCAGCUCUCCAUGGACCAAGUGAUGGAAGCUGCAAAGAAGGCUCAGCUUCAUGAUUUUGUGAUGGACCUUCCAGAAAAAUACGACACCAAUGUAGGAGCUCACGGGUCUCAGCUCUCUCGUGGACAGAAGCAGCGUAUUGCAAUUGCCCGGGCAAUCAUCAGGGACCCUAAAAUUCUUCUACUUGAUGAGGCAACAUCUGCAUUAGACACAGAGAGUGAAAAGACAGUACAGGCAGCCCUGGAUCGAGCAAGAGAAGGUCGUACCUGUAUCGUCAUCGCUCAUCGAUUGUCCACAAUUCAGAACUCUGACAUUAUUGCUGUCAUGUCUCAAGGCAUUGUGAUUGAGAAGGGCCCACAUGACGAACUUAUGGAAAAGAAAGGAGCUUAUUAUAAACUUGUCACCACUGGAGCACCUAUUAGUUAA